UAAUAAGGAGAGAAUCAGAAACCAAAAAACAUCUUUCAUUCAUAGUAUUAGUCAACGCACACAACGCAGAAUCAUUGAAUUCCAUCAACAGCUUUCUGAUAAAUUCACCAACCCAGAUAACAUUUCCUUCAAUCCUUCUCAUUUAUGAAGCCCAACUUCACACCUCUCCACCCUCUCAAUUCUCUAUUCCCAAUAUACCCUUCUCUUUCUCUCUCCGCAACCCUCCCUUUUUUCAAUUACAAAUUACAUAAAUUAAGCUUCUCGUGUUCUUGAGAAAACCGACAAAAACUCUGCAAUUGGGUUGUUUUCUUUGUUGGCUUUCUUGGACCUGCAAGGCCAGACAAGGAGUGUUGAAGAAGCCCAUAAAGCGGUGUCUCAGAAUGAUGGUUUUGAGGCUCUGAAAGAGGGUGGGUUUUGAGGUCCUUGGAGGGUUUUGGUACGGUCUCUCUCUCUCGUUCCUGAGUUUUAAAACCCUUAUCCAAAAAUGAGUUUGGGCUUUUUCGGUUUUAUACUUGUUUUAGCACUUUUCUUUACGACUUCACUUUGUCAAAAACCCAAUUCAGAUGGUUACUUUGUCUCUGAUUUCUUGCUAAAGAUGGGUUUUAACUCCUCUCAAGUUUACAACUUUUCUGCCCCUUUUUGUUCAUGGCAAGGAGUGUUUUGUGAUGCCAAACAAGAAAAUGUUAUUGGGUUGGUAGCCUCUGGUUUGGGUCUGUCUGGAUUGAUUCCUGACACCACCAUUGGCAAACUCACAAAGAUUCAAUCUUUAGAUCUAAGCAAUAACAAAAUCACUGGCUUGCCUUCAGAUUUUUGGAGUUUGGGUUCACUCAAAUUCCUUAAUCUCUCAUGUAACCAUAUUUCUGAGAACCUCCAAAGCAACAUAGGCAAUUUUGGUCUACUUGAAACAUUGGACCUUUCGUCCAACAAUUUCUCUGGGAAUAUCCCUGAAACUACGAGCUCCCUUGUCAGUUUGCAAGUUCUUAAACUUGAUCAAAAUGGUUUCCAAUGGAGCAUACCAUCUGGGUUUCUGAACUGUCAUUCUUUGGUUUCAAUUGAUCUUUCAUCAAAUCAACUCACUGGUACUCUUCCUCAUGGUUUUGCUACUGCAUUUCCUAAGCUUAAAUCCUUGAACCUUGCUGGCAAUGAGAUUCGUGGGCGAGCUUCAGAUUUUUCGGGGCUGAAAUCGAUGACUUAUCUGAAUGUUUCAAGGAAUCUGUUUCAGGGUUCUGUCAUUGGUGUUUUUCACGAGCCAUUAGAGGUCAUUGACUUGAGCCAGAACCAGUUUCGAGGUCACAUUUCGCAGGUACAAAUCGAUUCUAGUUUCAAUUGGUCUCAUUUGGUUUAUCUAGACUUAUCUGAGAAUCAUCUCAGUGGAGAUAUUUUUUACAACUUCAAUGAAUCCCAGAGUCUGAAACACCUUAAUCUCGCACACAAUCAUUUCUCUAAGCAAGAAUUCCCCAAAAUCAAUAUGCACUCUGGUUUAGAAUAUCUGAACUUGUCUGAAACAAAUCUCGUUGGUCUCAUUCCCUCUGAAAUCUUAGAAUUGACCAGUUUGAAAACACUUGAUCUUUCCAAAAACCAUCUCAACAGCCACAUUCCUCUAUUGAGUAUCAGAAACCUCCAAAUUCUUGAUGUUUCCUCCAACAAUUUAAGUGGAAAUAUUCCGUUAUCUCUGUUGGAAAAACUUCCAUGGAUGGAGAGGUUCAACUUCUCUUUCAAUAACUUAAGCCUUUGUGCUUCAGAGUUCUCGCCUGAAACCCUUCAAACUGCUUUCAUUGGGUCGUUAAAUAGUUGCCCAAUUGCUGCAAAUCCAGAUCUCUUUAGAAGGAACACUCGUAAACACAGCAGGGGGCUGAAGCUUGCUUUGGCAUUAAGCCUCUCUUUGGUGUGUUUGCUUGUGGGGUUGCUAUUUUUAGCCUUUGGUUGCCGAAGGAAAACCAGAAUGUGGGCAGUGAAACAAACUUCUUACAAAGAAGAGCUAAAUAUUUCCGGGCCCUUCUCGUUCCAGACAGAUUCUACUACUUGGGUAGCUGAUGUUAAGCACGCAACGUCAGUUCCAGUAGUCAUCUUCGAAAAGCCAUUGCUGAAUUUCACAUUUGCAGAUCUCUUAGCUGCAACUUCAAAUUUUGACCGGGGCACAUUGUUGGCCGAAGGAAGAUUUGGGCCUGUUUAUAGGGGAUUUUUACCAGGAGGGAUUCAUGUAGCCGUUAAAGUUUUGGUCCAUGGGUCCACCAUGACAGACCAAGAAGCUGCAAGAGAGCUUGAGUAUCUUGGCCGUAUCAAACACCCUAACCUCGUUCCAUUGACCGGAUACUGCUUAGCUGGUGACCAACGUAUUGCCAUUUAUGACUACAUGGAGAAUGGGAACUUGCAGAAUUUGCUUCAUGAUUUGCCGCUUGGGGUUCUUCAAACCACAGAAGAUUGGAGCACAGACACGUGGGAAGAAGAUGACAAUAAUGGAAUCCAAAAUGUUGGUCCCGAAGGGUUGUUAACAACUUGGAGAUUCAGACACAAGAUUGCAGUUGGCACUGCCCGAGCACUGGCAUAUCUCCACCACGGAUGCUCACCUCCAAUAAUUCACCGAGAUGUCAAAGCUAGUAGUGUUUACCUUGAUUUGAAUCUGGAACCAAGAUUGUCUGAUUUCGGACUUUGUAAGAUUUUUGGGAAUGGUCUAGAAGAUGGGAUAGCUCGUGGGUCACCCGGUUAUGUGCCCCCAGAGUUUCUUCAGCCAGAAACUGGCUCCCCCAAAACCCCAACACCAAAAUCUGAUGUUUACGGGUUUGGGGUUGUUCUUUUUGAGCUAAUUACUGGAAAGAAGCCUGUUGAAGAUGAUUAUCCGGAGGAAAAAGAAGGAAAUUUGGUGAGUUGGGUGAGGGGAUUAGUAAAGAAGAACCAGGGAUCAAUAGCUAUUGAUCCGAAAAUUCGUGAAACAGGACCAGAGACCCAACUGGUGGAGGCUUUGAAGAUAGGAUACCUAUGCACAGCUGACCUUCCCUCAAAACGACCAAGUAUGCAGCAGGUAGUUGGACUUCUCAAGGAUAUUGAACCGGUUACGCAUCAGUGAAGAGAAGAAUAGCAAAGUGAAAGAAAAGAGAAUUUCCCAGAUUAGGUUCUUUGCAUUUUCUGUUAUCUGUUCUCUUUCUAUGUUACGAGUUCUUUUUGUGUUACUGCCAUGGGAGGAAUGUACAGUAGUUGUGAGAUUCUGUUCUGGAUGUGGCAUUCUACUUUCUUACCCUUGGUGGUAGGCCAAAAGCUUAAUUUGUAUACAUGGGGUUUAAUCUUUUAAGUUUGUGUUCGUUGUACAAA